UUGUUAUUGACCUAACAAAUUAUCUCUUUACCUCUUGUGCUUUUCUUCCAGACCAAAGCCUCUCGGGUUUCUCAAGCCCAAACAGAUCUGGACAUAGCGUUUUCUUCCUCGAGCUCGAAGCCAAAGAUGGAGACAGCAAUGGAGGUAUACAAUGACGUUGAGAUCUGUUCGUGCCAUAGCUUAUGUUCUCUCUUGAUCUCUCUCUUGAUCUCUCUCUCUCUCUGAGUAUCCUGGUGCAAUCUGUGGCAGCUCUAGGGAUUUUCGCUUCUGGAUUUGAAGCUGGAGUUCAAGCCGCCAUAAUAUUCUCUCAUCUGUUUCGUCUCUUUAGUAAUAACGAAAAGAACUGAGCAAGAACGCGGAGAGAUGGGGAAACGGGGAGGAGCUAACAAGCUUACAAAAGCUCAAGGAGGACCUAAUCUCAAGUCUGUGCUCAGACACGAGCACUUAAAGAAUCUCGCUCUCUGGUCUACCUGCGGAGAUUCUCCCAUCCCGUCCUUAGCUACUUUCUUCGGUCGGCGUCUCGCAGCCGAUGGACAAGCUUCCGACAUUCCUCACGAUCCUGACCUCUUCUCUUGUCAAAGGUGUGAGACUGUUCUUCAGCCUGGCUUCAAUUGUAAUGUUAGAAUCGACAAGGUUUCGGCUAACAAGAAGAAACACAUGAGGAGAAGGUACAAGAAGAAGCCUAACAUGUUUCUGCCUCAGAACAAUGUAGUUUACUACUGCAACUUGUGUUCUCACCGUAAUCUCAAGAGAGGUACUACAAAAGGUCAGAUGAAAGACAUGUACCCGCCCAAGCCGAAAACAACUCGUCCACGUCCCAAGAUUGAUAAAGAUGUGACGGUGGUGGUAGCGCCUCGAGAAAUCGGAAGUAACAUACUACUUCCUUCUUCGCCUGAAAGAAGAGUUGAGAAUGUUAGUGUUGUGGAGAAUACACCAAAGCCAAUGCUUACACUGGAGAGAGAGAAGAGAAUAAGGAAAUCCAAAAGUAAGAAACCAGUUGAGCCCGAAAGUGUUCCUGAGAAAAAAGCAACAGUUGGUGGUGGUGGUGGUGGAGGAUCGAAUAAGAGGAAGAGAAAAGCAUGGACAAGUAUGAAGGAGUUGUCUGAGACUACUACAACAAACAAGGGUUCCAGUUCUGUAAACUUUAAAAUACCCUUUCUCUUGUGAUUUUCUUCUAUGUGAUAUCUGACCCAACACUAAGUGAAGUUUUUCGAAUUAGCCCUAUCUCGUCUUUGUUUUCAUCUUCUACAUCUAUAUUUGUUACUAUUA